AUGUUAACGUUAAAAGAAAAGAUCGAAGUAGGGGAACGACGUCAACCAGCGCUGUGUGACCCCAAGUACCACGCACGAUGGCAGAGAACUGCACUUUAUUCGGCGGACUGUCACCCAGCAGUGUCUCCCAAUGCGUGACAGUUGCCAGAGUGAAGAGAGUAACAGCUUCAGUCUCAUUAAUUGGAUGCUUCUGCAUGCUUCUUGUUAUCUGGCUGUUCAGAAAAUACAAUUCCUUGGCACAGAAAAUGAUUUUGAGUUUGGCUGUGGCAGCUUUCUUUGACAGCAUAGCUUACAUUAUGAGUGAAGUGCUGCCAGAUGGUGUCCUCUGCAAUUUUCAAGCAUGGUGGCUAACAUACUUUGACUGGUGUGCGUUAGCUUGGGUUUGCUGCAUUACUCUUAACCUGUAUCUGAAUGUAGUAAAAGAGAUGAGAACAGAUCGAUUUCAACUAGUGUAUCAUGUUACUGCCUGGGGUGUGCCAUUUAUUCUCUCAUGCCUCCCUCUCUUCGGAGACAAUUAUGGCCCUGCUGGAGCAUGGUGCUGGAUUACUGAGGAGCAUGUUGCCUGGAGAUUUGUCAUAUGGUACAUUCCAUUGUUCAGCCUGAUAUUCCUGAUGAUGCUGUGUUACCUCCGGAUAAUCUAUGUUGCCAAGCAGAGGGUCAUCACAUGGUCUGGAACUUAUGAUCCCGGAAGGGAACGAAGCAAGAUUAUAAUGGCAGAAGAGAUUAAACCCUUGAAGUGGUAUCCCUGUGUGUACCUUGCAGUAUCACUCUUCCCCCUUCUAAACCGACUCCAUAAUGCCUUCUACCCAAGUCAGCCUGUGUUCAUCCUCACAUUACUGCAUGUGAUGAGCGCUCCACUUCAUGGACUGGCCAACGCGUUUGUUUUUGUGUUGGACAAGGAAACUUGGAGCCAGCUGACAUUGACGUCGCUGAGGGUGGCUUUCCAAUCUAGACUGUGCGACAGCACAAAGAUCAAGGAAUAUCAUCCAGCCAAUGUGCGCUACAUGAGCCACAUAGACGAGGAGGAUUCAGAUUCUGACGAUGAUACCACAGUAUUAUUCUCCAUGCCAUCCAUGACAUUAAGGGACAAAGGACCCUGACCAUUUUUUGUCUGAGUGAAACUGAAAGCUGAAAGAAUGCACCAAUCCCCGCUGAAUAUACACUGCCUGAAAGAAAAAGCGGAAGGCGAAAGACAACCUUGGAAUGCCUAAUUAAGGAGCUGUCAUCCUUCAUUAUUAAUACUCUGUUGUUAAUAUUUAAUGCUGUUAAACCGGAGCUUCUGACUGCAGCAGAACCGCAAGACAUGCUGGGGUCAUACCAGCUGCAAAUCUCAGGACUGUAAAUGUGGUGGCCUUACAAAUGCAACCAGACGAUUCUGGGAGGCACAUGCCUAGCAUGCUGUGAUAUAAACAAUUAGUAUUUAUCUAUACAAGUUCCUGAGACAAAACCGCCUUCUUCAACAAACACAUACAGUCCUGUUAUUGUUGGAAAUAGAUAGACAAUGCUGAUCUACUCGUUUUCAGGGAGGGAAAUAAAACUGGAUACAUGUUCUUCAUAUCUAGGACUGCUGUGCUUUUAUGAGUUCACUGAUGAUUUGCAUGAUUAAACAGUUUAAAUGUAAUUGUCUCAUUACAUGGAAAGGAUCUGUUAAAUAAGUUAAUUUGGACAGAGAGAUAAUGCAAGCACAAUUGUAACUUCUUGUCUGUUUUUCUUUGGAAGUCGCACCUAACAAAGAAAAUUUGGAUUCACAUAGUUAUGAUCGAUACCUUUAUCGCAAUGUCAGGAAACGUAAGUCUCUAAUCAGAAGGUAAAAAAGGUAACUAUUGAUUUCCCAUAAUCCUCUCCUGAUGCUCUGUGCUUCUGUCAGCUGCACUCACUUCCCAUUCACUGCCUUACAUAGAGCUACCACCUUUUCAUUUUCAGAUUCCCGGACAUGGGGCAUAACCAGAGGCGUGGGCAAAACCGCAGCAGGGUUCCAAACUAAUUUUUUUUUGCCAGAUUUCAGGCCAUUUUCUUAAUACUCUAAUAAUAAAAAAAAAACCCUCAUACCUCCUUAUAUGGCUCAGAUCCCAUUUAUUUGCCUCAGAGGCCCCUAAUGCCACUUUAUAUGCCACUAGUGCCUAUGCCCCCCAGAGCACCUCCAUACCCCUUUAAACAUACCUCCCAACUGUCCCGAUUUUCGCGGGACAGUCCCGUUUUUUGGGGACUGCCUCGCUGUCCCACCCGCAGGCCGCAGUGUCCCGCGGUGGGGGGGGGGGGGGGGGGGGGGGAGGCAGUUGGGAGGCUCAUGCACUCGCUGCCCUGCUUAGCGUCUAUUCACUGGAGUCAGAGAGAGAGGGGGCAUGCCAGCGGCUAACAGAGUGCUGGGCAUGCCCCCUCAGUGAUGAAAACGGGGGUGUAACUCGCGAUCGCGGGUCCUCCCAUGAAGCCAUGCCCUUUUCUCAGGCCACACCCCUUUUCGGGAGCGUGCGCGGCGUGUCCCUCUUUAGAGAAAUUAAAAGUUGGGAGGUAUGCUUUAAAGCGUACUUGCCGACUCUCCCGGAAUGGCCAAGAGGCUCCCGAAAAACAGGUGGCGCUCCCGGCGACCCAGAAAAGUCGGCAAUUCUCCCAGCCGGCAGCCAAGCUCCCGCACCCCUAGGAAAAACGUUCAUAGAGCCCUCACAUUCGUGACCCCCGCUGGUAAUCUCGACAUAGUGUAGCGGGGGCGGAGCCACAGUGACACGAUCUUGCAGUCACGCAACCUGCUCCUCUCCAUCACGCCUCCCUUGCUGCAUCACGCCCCCUGCUCCUCCCCAUGACACGCCCCCCUAUGCUGCGCCAUGCCCCUUGCUAAGACGACCUGGCUGCCUCAUCUGGGAGGAGGCAGCCAGAAUGUCGGCAACUAUGCUCUAAAGGCCCCUAAUGCCAGGGCCCCCUCAUGAAUCCCAGUUGAAUGGUAAUCCUAUAGAUUGUAAGUUUGCGAGCAGGGCCUUCCUACCUCUAUGACUGCUUGUUAUCACCCAGUUUGUUAUAUCAUUGUUAUUUCCAAUUGUAAAGCGCAACGGAAUUUGCUGCGCUAUAUAAGAAAUUGUUAAUAAAUAAAUAAAUAAUCCGAGUGUACGCUGUACACCAUUUACUUUAACUCACCUGCCUUUAAAACA